UCAAUGGGAACCUUUUUUGGUUUUUAAUCAACUGUUGAAUUUCAUAAUCCGGUGCCUUUAUUGUGUGUGUGACGCCAGCAUGAUAAACCGCUCCUUAAUUGUGAAAGUAGGUGAAGGUGUCUCGCUACGUGCGCUGGCAUCGCAGUGAAGAGGCUCAGCUUCCUAGAAACACAUCAUUUAACCUCUAUCUCUCUGUAUCUCUCAGCACCCACCCACACACAUCCAGCUCUGGGGGCCUGGGUGCCGCAUGGACAUGUCAGGUCUCCGAUUGCAUCAAGCAAACACUGCUGCUGCUCACUGCCAACACAAACAGAUCUUCAGCUGAGACCCUGCGGUGUCGCGUACGGAUGGAGGCUGACCGGUGGAGGCUCUCCGUCUUGCUCUGAGGAUCGUCCCCGCAAACACCGUCGCCUGCAGCUCUAAAGGAGGGCCCCGAUUUCACGACGAAGCACAGGCCUUCUGUCCUAGGAGUCUCGAUAUUCAGGACGAGAGGGGUUGAAGGAGAAAAAAAAACCACAAGUUUAAGUUUAAACAAAACAAAACAGACUCUUCAUGAGUUCCCCGAAAACCUGAAAGGAAAAAUACUGCGAGUUGGCCGGCCGUCCCGAGGAGGCAUGCGGACAAUGAGCAUGGCUCGGCUCUGUCUCCCAGCCUUCGUUGUCCUCCUUGUUGGUUGCUUUCAUUCAGCUGCCCCAGAAAAUGAUGUCACCCCUCGCCUCACCUUCUCCUACAGCGCAAAGGAGAGGACAAUCAGAAGUUUCUCAGUCAACGGGGUCUCCAACUUCACCUCUCUCCUUCUCAGCAGUGGAGACAACAUGCUGUAUGUUGGUGCCCGGGAGAUUCUCUUUGCUCUCAACAUGUCUGACAUCAGUGCAGCCAAGCUACAGAGAAAUCUCACAUGGAAAACUCCAGAGAGGAAGAGAGAUGAGUGCAGUUUCAAAGGCAAAGACCUGCAGACGGAUUGCUUCAACUACAUCAAGAUCUUACUACCGAUGAACAGCACUCAUCUGUACGCAUGUGGAACGUACGCCUUCAGCCCCAUCUGUGCUUACAUAAACACUACAGACUUCUCCCUCAUCAAGAGCGACACUGGCGAGAUUGUUACAGAGGAUGGACGGAGCCGCUGCCCGUUUAACCCCGAAUACAAGUCCACCGCCAUCAUGGCUGAUGGGGAGCUGUACGCUGGUACAGUCAGCAAUUUCCAAGGAAAUGAACCCAUCAUUUACAAGAGUCUAAGCCAAGGAACUGCUCUAAAAACAGAAAACUCACUCAACUGGCUUCAAGACCCGGCCUUUGUUGGCUCUGCCUACAUACAGGAGAGUCUACCCAAGGGCAACCCAGUGGGCGACGAUGAUAAGAUUUACUUCUUCUUCAGUGAAGCAGGAAAGGAGUUCGAUUUCUUUGACAACACCAUUGUGUCACGCAUUGCUCGCGUGUGUAAGGGUGACAUCGGCGGCGAGAGGGUCCUGCAGAAGAAGUGGACGACUUUCCUGAAAGCUCAGCUCUUGUGCUCCCUGCCCGAUGACGGCUUCCCCUUCAACAUAAUCCAAGACAUGUUUGUGCUCACGCCCAGCCCCGACGACUGGAAGAACACUGUGUUUUACGGAGUCUUCACAUCUCAGUGGUACAAGGGUGCAUCAGGCAGCUCUGCAGUGUGUGCCUUCACCAUGGACCAGGUGGAAAAGGCGUUCAACGGCCGAUACCGUGAGGUCAACCGAGAGACCCAGCAGUGGUACACGUACAACCAUCCAGUCCCAGAGCCUCGACCUGGAGCAUGCAUCACAAAUGCUGCCAGAGAACAGGGCAUCUCCUCCUCGCUGCACAUGCCAGACAAGGUCCUGAAUUUCGUCAAAGACCACUUCUUGAUGGACAGCGUGAUCCGCAGCCAGCCCCUUCUGCUGAAACGUAAUGUGCGCUACACGCAGAUUGCUGUCCAUCGAGUCCAGGCAGCCAAGAAGGUGUACAACGUGCUCUUCAUCGGCACAGACGAUGGCAGACUCCAUAAAGCCAUUAACGUCAACAACAAGAUGCACAUCAUUGAGGAGAUGGUGCUCUUCCGUGAGGCCCAGCCAGUGCAGCACAUUGAGCUGGACACAGAAAAGGGUCAGCUUUAUGUUUCCUCUUUCUCUGAAGUGGUGGAGGUCCCAGUAGCUAACUGCACUAAUUAUCAGAGCUGUGGGGAGUGCAUCCUCUCAAGGGAUCCUUACUGUGCCUGGAACGGGAGGUGGUGUGGAGAUAUCAGACGAGCACCAACGAGCAACGCCUGGCGGCAGGAUGUAGACGACGCAGACACAUCAGCUAUUUGCAACAAGACUGCGAGCCCACGGCUUUUUAAACCUCCACCUACACGGGUGUCAUCGUGCCAGGUGAUCAUUAUCCCAGCCAACACGUUCAAAGUGCUGCCUUGCAAGCUGCGCUCUAAUUUGGCCGAGAGGAGGUGGGAGUUCAGCGAGAGCGCGGGUCACUUCCAUUACCCCAGCCCAGAGGGGGGACUGGUGGUGGUAGCUCAGGCUGACAGGCAGGAAACCUACGAGUGCUGGUCAGUGGAGGAAGGGUUCAGACAGCUGCUGGCAAACUACUGCGUGAGGGGCGAAGCCAAGCAGGAGAGCACCACCCUCACAGGCCGAUCACGUACGCCUCAAAUCUCCCAGGAGGAAUUCAUCAUCCUGCCAGGGGAGACCCGCUCACCGCAGAUCAACACUAAGACCUACUGGAAUGAGCUGAUAGUGGUUUGCGCCCUCCUGGCGUUUUCCCUGGUGGUCUUCUCCCUGUUUGUGGUUUACAGGAACCGUGACCACAUGAAAUCCAUGCUCAAGGAGGGAGAGUGUCCGAACAUGCAGCAGAAGAAGCCCAGAAUAGUGGGGAAACCGGCUGAGAACUUGCCGCUCAAUGGCAACACAGUCACAGCGUCGGUGCCAGAUCACAAGGGCUACCAGACCCUUAAUGACAACUACAUCUGCAGCACUCCGCCGCACGAGUGCUCGUCGCCCGACAACAGCAAGAGCUUCUCGGAGUCGGAGAAGAGGCCUCUGAACUUGAAGGAGAGCCAUGUAGAGAUUUCCCCCACAUGCCCACGGCCACGAGUCAGGCUGGGCUCUGAGAUUAAAGACUCUAUAGUGUGAGGCCCGCCUUCAUCUUAUAUGGAGAGACUUACUUUGAGCAUAAAGGAAAGAGUGCACUUGUUCAGAAAAACAAAACAGUAUAGGAGGGAAAAGCAGCACUCUCACUGAGAGACAUUUGAUUACACGGAUUUUGCACUUUGUCUUUCUUUUUUUUUUUUUGUUCUGUCUCUGUGGUCCAUGUGCAUUUAUUUCCCUCUCAUCCCUCUUAUUCAUGUGCAUUUGAAGCACACUGAAGAAGUUCGAGUAUGCCUUCAGACUUUCGACGCUUGCACACACACAGGAAUGUAACGAGCGUAGAUGUGGCAGCACAGCCAUGGUUUCACGACUGAAUUACAGAGCAUUGCCACUCAGUCCGUCCAUAUAAUAUACUGGUAAUGCUUUGGAAGGCAGAGUGAUACUCACAGGUUGCCGCCGAGGGCCGACACAGUCCUGCUUUAUUUUCAUUCAGUUAUCUGGUGAGAGUGUACCCGUCACUGAGGCUAUGCACUAUGUACUGUACUGUACUGUAGCAAAGUAAACACCAGUAUACACACGAACGAGCCGGCGCGAGGCGAGAAAGAAGAAGUCACAGUCACGUCACAGUUUCUUAGAUAGCCUGUGUUCACUCAAACGAGUUAUACUCAUGAUUUUAGAUUUCACUGAAACACAGAAAAGAAAAUUUUCAGACAAGAAGAGAAUGUUGUUUCAAAAGUAGAUUAUUAUUUAUAGAGUGAUAGAAAACAGGUAACCACCUCAGUGGAAAUGCUGUGGAAACUCUCACCACCUCAAUCACUACAUACCAAAUAAAAAACAGUCCCAUAUGAAGACACAAAUGUACUUUUUAAAGUAUUGGAAAAGGUUACUGGGUAUAGAAAAGUUCCUCUGAAGAAGGUCUUGACUUUUAACAGUCUUUUUUGUUUUUCUUUUUUCUUUUUUGACAAAGGGGGAAAGCUCAUUCCAGGUAUUAUCAUUGCUGUUCUUCAUGAGAUAGGCAGUCUAUGCAAAGCAAAUAAUGUGAAGUGAGGCAAACACGGAGAAAGACCUCACCUUGAGACCGAGCAAGCACAAGGGUGUUGGCACUGUUAGCUACUUGAGGAUCAGUGGCACUGCAAACACACGCCCGCACACACACACACUCACACAAACUCACACUCAUUAGACUAACUGCAAGUAUGCAACAGAUUUCAGCCAUUUUUUUGUGUGUUCUGAGGAGACGAAGCUUACGAAAGGCUGGCAUGACAUCAACAGAUGAUAAGAGACGAGGGUUCAGUACAGUGACGUAAAUCUGUGGCAGUUGAUUUAUUGCAGCAUGACGAAAGGUUAUAAAUAUUUGUUAUGAUUAUGUGGCCAAAUGUUAUGGGCAUUUUUCACAGUCAUUUUUUCAAGUUUUAAUUAUCUAUCUCUGUUCUCAAGGCGAAAUAAUAAUACAUAUUUAAAUACCACACCUAUUCAUAAUCUGAUUUAAAUAACACACAUGUGUAUAGCCUCAACUUUGAUAUCAAUAUUGUGUUACUGAGGAGAAAAAAAAAACUGCCUCUGCUUGCUUAAGUGGUUUUUAAAGACAACCGUAAAGGCAAUAACUUUCAUUCUCAUCCAGUAAUAAACAUACAAAUUUUAAUUAUUUAUCUCCUUAUGAAGAAAUAAAUUACAAACCACGGGAACCACCAUACGUACGAGUCGGAUUACAGCGCAAUUUGAUAGCAUUUCACACAAUGUCACAAAGUGUUUUUGAAGUCUUACUUGAGUUUGGCUCUAGAUUUCACAAAAAAAAAUGCAUACGUAAUGGGGGAAGGCAUGCAACUCGACUCAGAAUGCAUAGGAUUUGCACAUGAUGCUAAAAAAGCCUUAGUACAAUGCAGGUUGUGGAUCUGAUUACAAAUCUGCCUUGGGGAAAAUGGAAAAAUGCCUUCUGAAACAAUAAUCAAGAGAUGUGCCUCUUGGGGUAAUAAACUAACCAGGUAGUAGUGCUGUAGAGUCAAAUGCUACACUAUAGGUGUGACAGGACAGGCCACGCUUAGACAGAAAACAGAAUACAUGUAAUUUAAUAGUGUCAAUGUUGUACAAAAUGUGCUCAUGAGGUGUGUUUUUUUUAUUUUAUUUUAUUUUUUUUGUUAAGGUGGCUUCAAACUCAGUCAGGGACUAAACUGUAUUCUUAAAUUGUAGUAUAUAAAUGACCACUGGUUGAUUCUUUUGGAGAUAUCUAUAUAAACAUUAGUAUUAUGUUACCUGUAAAUGGCACUGCAAAAAUUAAUUUCACAGACUGGUCAGCUCUAAUACACUCAUGCAGUAUGAAAAGACCCAAGCUUUGACUGUUAUUAAAAAAACGAAACAAACAAAAAAAAAACGGCAGCUUUCAGUGAAGUGGCCGUCAUCGGAACAGCAUUCAAUUUGCUAAAGGCAGAACUAAUAAAGUGGCAGUGAUUUAGUCAAAUAAUUUGUGCAGGUGCUGUUUUUAUUUGAACGCAAGCCUAACGCCACAGUGAACUUAUCCUAGUCUGCUAAUGAACCACUAUAGCCAGGCCUUCUGUUUGUGACAGUGCAACAUGUAAGUUAACAAUUGUUUUAUUUUAUUUUAUUUCUUUCUUUGUAAAGUUGUUUUGUAAAUUCAGCUGCCAAUGUAAAAAAAAAAACUAUAUUGUGAUUUUUUUUCAUACAUCACUACUGUUCUUUUUUGUAUUGUACAUAAAAAGCACUUUAUUUUAAUUUUUCAAAUAAAGAUAAAAUUGAUAAUGUUUUUA